CCGUCCCCAUUCAUGUAUGAUGGGUGCUGAUUGUCUUCAAGUAUUCGUGUAUCCCACAGCAAGAUGUGAAGGUGCUGCCCAAAAGGUCAACGUGCAGACGUGCGAAGGGAUCAAUGUUGACGAUGGUGCUCAGAAGCUUCUGAGCUUCAAGGUUGUCUGCGCCUGAAGGGCACUGGAUAAUAAUCUAGACCUGCACCGAUACGACACGAGUGCGCUAUUUUCGUAUGGUAUGGGACGCGGGGCUUUCUCAUUUUGCUUCGGGUGUUGCAUAGCGAAGAAUGUCAGCGACAUAAUCUUUUAAUCUAGGAGAACUGUUAGUUACUCUGCUCACAAUGUUGAUUGAGCCUUGGUAUCGGCCCCCUAAUGUUUUGAUCCUGCUACAAUGAUGACAAUGAUGAGUAGCACCCCUCGUCC